AUGGAGACGUUUGACUGCGUCGUGGCUGGCGCCGGAUGGUACGGACUGGCCGCCGCGAAGCAAUACCGCGCCCUCCACCCAGAUGACUCUCUCGUGGUAUUCGAUCCCCAGUCCAGCGUCGGCGGAACAUGGGCCGACGAGCGAUUGUAUCCGGAUGUGAAGAGCAACAACCUCUUGGGGACGUACCAGUAUCCGGAUUUCCCCAUGGAUCCCAACAAGUUCCCUGUAAAGCCUGAACAAUACAUUCCCGGAGAGGUCACCAAUUCAUAUCUCAAGGCCUACGUGGACAAGUUCAACCUCGGCGGGUUAAUUCGUCUUCGAACCAAGAUCGCCGUCGCCGAACACGAAGACACUACAGAAGGCGGCUGGACCCUGACCAUUGUCAACCACGAGGGCCAUGAGUCCAAGAUAUUUGCCAAGCGCCUCAUUGUCGCCACUGGUUUGACUUCGGAACCCUUCAUGCCUCACUUUGACGGCCAGGAGGAUUUCGGAGGCAAGAUCUUCCACAGCAAAUACUUUCGACAGAACCGAGAUACCCUCAAGACUUCCAAAGCAGUCACCGUAUUUGGAGGGACAAAGUUUGGCUGGGAUGCCGCUUACAGCUAUGCUACCGCCGGCGUGGAAGUGAAUUGGGUCAUUAGAUCGUCUGGCCACGGUCCCUGCUGGAUGGCACCAUCGUAUGUAACUCCAUUCAAGAAAUGGAUUGAGAAGCUUGCGAAUAUGCGAUUCCUCACAUGGUUCAGUCCCUGUGUCUACAGCGGUGCUGCAGGUUACACCGGUAUCCAGCGCUUCCUUCACGGCACUUUUAUCGGCCGCCUCAUCGUGAAUGCCUUCUGGGCUAUCCUUGGUGGCGACGUCAUGAGUCUCAAUGCAUACGAUUCCCAUCCUGAGACGGCAAAGCUGAAGCCAUGGCUCCCAGCCAUGUUCACCGCAGCCAGCUUCAGCAUUCUCAACUACGACACCGACUUUUUCGAGCUCGUCCGGAAUGGCAAGAUCAAGAUUCACCUCGGCGAGAUUGAUCACCUGAGUCCCGGCAAGGUCCAUCUUGCUGACGGCACCUCAUUCGAAUCAGACGCUUUAAUCUCCAACACUGGCUGGCUCAGCUCCCCCCCUAUCAAGUUUCUUCCCGAGGGCAUCGAAAAGGAACUUGGUCUGCCACAUGAAAUCGACACAGAGGCUCCCCCAGAGGAUCUCGCCAACCAGCAGGACCUCAUCAAACGCGCCGACAGGGAGAUCUCGACCCGUUUCCCCAGGCUCACCGACCAGCCCGUCUGGAACAAAAACUACAUCCCCCUAACAAAUCAAAAGGGCAUCUCCAGCGAAAGAGCCAUGACGCCAUAUACCCCUCAAACCCCCUUCAUGCUGUAUCACUUCCUCGUACCACCAUCGGAACGCUUCCUCCGACCCCGCGACAUCGCCUUCUGCGGCUUCGUUAGCAAUUUCAGCAACACGAUAACCGCACACCUCCAGGGCCUCUGGAUUGGCGCUUAUUUCCGGCGCCUCCUCGUCAACGAUCCAUCACAAGCCGUCGACGACAAAGAGGCUAUGGCCAAGCUACGAUAUGAGACGAUGCUUCACAACCGCUUCGGCAGGUGGCGUUACCCUGCUGAAACAAAGUCCCCAACCACCAUCUUCGACGCCGUGUACUACCUCGACCUGCUGCAGAAGGACCUCGGCCUAAAUCCCCUUCGCAAACCGAAGGGGUUUCUCACCGAAGUGACGAGCCCCUACGGCGCAGAGGACUAUGAGGACGUGAACGAGGAGUGGGAGAGCAAAUUUGGCAGCGUCACAGCCGUAUAA